AUGGGGAGUGGUAAGGGCGGUGAUCCGCAGGAUGAAAGUGUCAAACAUAUGUUUGAUAGGAUAGGAGAAGAUGUGUACGAGCAAGUGAAAAGUGAAACUGUAAAUUAUGUUAGUGAAUUGGAAGGAAAGUUGUCACUAGCACCAAUUUUGGGUGUGGAAUCAGGUAGCACCAAUGAAACAUGCAACCUUGUACAGGAUUAUUAUAAUAAGCCUGUUUAUGGUAACAGUAACAGGUAUCCGUGCAAAAAUUUAAAAGGAAUUACAAAUGAAGAACGUUUUUCGGAUACACUUGGUGGCCAGUGUACUAACAAAAAAAUAAAAGGUAAUGAAUAUAGUACUAAAAGUGGUAAAGAUUGUGGAGCAUGUGCACCAUACCGACGUCUACAUUUAUGUAGUCAUAAUUUGGAAUCUAUAGACACAACGUCGAUGACGCAUAAGUUGUUGUUAGAGGUGUGUAUGGCAGCAAAAUACGAAGGAAACUCAAUAGAUACACAUUAUCCACAACAUCAACGAACUAAUGAGGAUUCUCCUUCUCAAAUAUGUACUAUGUUGGCACGAAGUUUUGCAGAUAUAGGUGAUAUUGUAAGAGGAAAAGAUUUAUUUUAUGGUAAUAGCAAAGAAAAAGAAAAAAGAGAUGAAUUAGAAACCAAUUUGAAAACAAUUUUCGGGAAAAUACAUGAAAAAUUGAAGGAUAAGGAAGGAGCAGAAACUCGUUACGGAAGUGAUACUACAAAUUAUUAUCAAUUACGAGAAGACUGGUGGUAUGCGAAUCGCGCCACAGUGUGGGAAGCUAUCACGUGCGACGUUCAUGGUUCUGACUAUUUUCGACAAACAUGUGGUGAUAAAGAAACCACUGCAACUCGGGUUAAAGACAAAUGCCGCUGUAAGGACGAAAACGGCAAAAAGCCCGGCUCAAAUGCCGACCAAGUCCCCACAUAUUUUGACUACGUGCCGCAGUAUCUUCGCUGGUUCGAGGAAUGGGCAGAAGACUUUUGUAGGAAAAAAAAAAAGAAAUUAGAAAAGUUGGAACAACAGUGUCGCGAUUACAAACAAAAUUUAUAUUGUAGUGGUAAUGGCUACGAUUGCACAAAAACUAUAUACAAAAAAGGUAAACUUGUUAUAGGUGAACAUUGUACAAACUGUUCUGUUUGGUGUCGUCUGUAUGAAUCUUGGAUAGAUAACCAAAAACUAGAAUUUCUAAAACAAAAACAAAAAUACGAAACAGAAAUAUCAAAUAGCGGUAGUUGUGGUGGGAGUGGUGGUGUUAAGGGUAGGAAUAGGAAAAAACGGGGUGCAGGUGUAGAAACUGCUACUAAUUAUGAUGGGUAUGAAAAAAAAUUUUAUAAAGAACUGAAAGAAAGUGAGUAUGGAAAAGUCGAUGAUUUUUUAAAAUUAUUAAAUAAUGAAGAUGUAUGCAAAAAAAUUAAGGAUGAAAAAGAAAAAAUUGAUUUUACCAAACCUGCUGAUAAAAAUAGUAAUAAUGAAGGAACAUUUUAUCAUUCGGAAUAUUGUAAACCGUGUCCCGACUGUGGGGUCAAACGUAAAGAUAAUCAAUGGAAAGAUAAAUAUGAUGGCAAGUGCACACGUGGAAAACUUUAUGAGCCUGCAAGUGGCGCACAAGGUACUCCUAUUAAAAUCCUUAAAAGUGGUGAAAAACAAAAAGAAAUUGAAACAAAAUUAAAAGCGUUUUGCGAUCAAACAAAUGGUGAUACAACAAAUAGUGUUGCUAGAGGCGGUGGCGCUGAUGGUAGUGGUAGUAAGAGUAAUAGUAAGGAACUGUAUGAAGAAUGGAAAUGUUAUAACGAGGUACAGAAAGUUAAAGAUGAUAAAAAUGGAGAGGAAGAGGAUGAAGACGAGGAAGAUGUAGACAAGGUAAAAAAAGCAGGCGGAUUAUGUAUAUUGGAAAACAAAAAACAUGAAAGUAGAAAUAAUUCUUCAAAUGAACCUGAGCAAUUCCAAAAGACAUUCCAUGAUUUUUUUUACUUUUGGAUAGGACGUUUUUUGAACGAUUCUAUGUAUUGGAGAGGAAAAGUUAACAGUUGUAUAAAUAAUCCUAAGCGAAAGAAAUGUAGAAAUGAAUGUAAGGAUGAUUGUGGUUGUUUUAAAGAAUGGAUUGGAAAAAAGAAAGAAGAAUGGGAAAAUAUAAAAAAACAUUUUAAAACGCAAGAAGCUUUUAAGAAUAAACGAGAAAAUAGCGGAAUUGACAUGUUCAGCGGACUAAUGGAUUCUGCUGAUGUUGUUCUUGAAUUGGCUUUGGAAUUAGAACAACUUUUCCAAGAUAUUAAAGAUGGUUAUGGGGAUGUAAAGGAAUUAAAAGGAAUUAAAGAACUGUUGGAUGAGGAAAAAAAAAAAAAACAAGCAGAAGAAGCAGUUGUUGUUGUUGUUGCCGACAAUCAAAAGAAGACCACAAUUGAUAAAUUACUACAACAUGAAGGAGACGAUGCCAAUAACUGCCUAAAAACACACAAAGAAAAAUGCGAAGAAACGCAACCAAAACCACCCGGCGCUGGAGGUCCUGGUGCCCCCUCCGAAACCGGAGAAACCACUACACUUGAGGACGAAGAAGAAGAAGAAGACGAAGAAGAAGACGCAGGCGACGAAGUCGAGGAGGGGGAGACGGUGGACACCACAGAAGGGGAUGAGACAGAGACGGUGGAGCAGCCGGUGAAGGACACGGACAGGGAGGGGGAGGAGGAAGAGGCAAAGAAGGCAACAGAUACGACUACAUCACUAGACGUUUGCGACACAGUGAAAAACGCACUCACAAACAACGACAAUCUCACUGAUGCAUGUAAACUAAAAUACGGUCCAGGUGGAAAGGAAAGAUUCCCCAAUUGGAAAUGUGUAUCAAGUGGUGAAAAAAGUGUUGCCACUGCCGGUAGUAGUGGUGCCACUGGCAAAAGUGGUGAUAAGGGUGCCAUUUGUGUGCCACCCAGGAGGCGACGACUAUACGUGGGUGGGUUAACCAAGUUGACAAGUGCUGGCACGUCUAGUGAGUCACCACAGGGGGGUAGUGAGUCAUCACGGGCGAGUGAUGUGUCACAAGGUAACGGCGGCGACGACAUCACCACCACCGAGUCAUUACGUAAGUGGUUUAUAGAGACGGCAGCUAUAGAGACUUUUUUCUUAUGGCAUAGAUAUAAAAAAGAGUGGGAGGCACAAAAGAAGGCGGAACUACAACGAAAUGGAUUACUACUCGGCACAGGUGCUAGCCUCAACCUUGGUGGUGAUGACUCCAACCCCCAAACACAAUUACAAAAAAGUGGUACCAUACCCCUCGAUUUCUUGAGAUUAAUGUUUUAUACUUUAGGUGAUUAUAGAGAUAUUUUGGUACGAGGUGUUGCUGACGACAAAAACGGUGGCAACAACAUAAUACUUAAUGCGAGUGGUAACAAGGAUGAAAAACAGAAAAUGGAGAAAAUACAAGAGAAAAUAGAACAAAUUCUUCCAACUAGUGGUAACAAAGAAACUCGUGGCCCCCAAAAUAGUGUCAAUGACCGUCAAUCCUUGUGGGAUAGAAUCGCCGAACAUGUUUGGCAUGGAAUGGUUUGCGCAUUAACAUAUAAAGAUGACGACAAUGGCCUCAAAGGCGUCGUAAAAAAACCACAAAAGAUUGAAAAUCCGGAGAAACUUUGGAACGAAACAACCAAAAAACCCAAAGACGAGAAAUACCAAUACCAAACUGCCAAACUCGAAGAUGAAAGUGGCGAAAAACGACCAGACUCCUCAGCCAGUGGUACGAAAUUAACCGACUUCAUCAAACGCCCCCCUUAUUUCCGUUACCUUGAAGAAUGGGGUGAAAAUUUUUGUAAAAAACGAACAGAGAUGUUGGGGAAGAUAAAGGAGGAUUGCUACAAAAAUGGUGGACGUUGUAGUGGUGAUGGUUUGAAAUGUAACGAAAUAGUUAUAGAUAAGGAAAAAAUUUUUGGCGAUUUACUUUGUCCGACGUGUGCCAGACAUUGUAGAUUUUAUAAAAAGUGGAUAAACACAAAAAGGGACGAAUUUAAUAAACAAUCAAAUGCAUAUUCUGAACAAAAAAAAAAAUACGAAGAGGAAAAUGAUAGUGCUCAAAAGAAUAAUGGAGUUUGCGGAACACUAAAAGAUGACGCUGCAGAAUUUUUAAAUAGGUUAAAAAACGGACCAUGUAAAAAUGAGAGUGAAGAGAAUAAAAAAGCAGAGGAUGAAAUAGAUUUUAAGAAACCAGAUGAUACAUUUAAAGAUGCAGAUAAUUGUAAACCAUGUUCUGAAUUUAAAAUUAAAUGUGAAAAUCAUAAUUGCAGCAGUGGUGGUAAUACACAAGGGAAGUGCGAUGGAAAAACGACUAUUGCUGCAACAGAAAUUGAAAAUAUAAAAACAAAUACUAAAGAAGUUACUAUGCUUGUGAGUGAUGACAGUAAAAGUGCAACGGAAUUUAAGGAUGGUUUAAGCGAAUGUAAAGAUAAAGGUAUAUUUAAAGGUAUUAGAAAAGAUGAAUGGGAAUGUGGCAAAGUAUGUGGUGUAGAUAUAUGUAAUCUGAAAAAAAAAGAUAACAUUGGGAAAGAAAGCGAUAAAAAAUAUAUCAUAAUGAAAGAAUUGCUUAAACGAUGGUUAGAAUAUUUUUUAGAAGAUUAUAAUAAAAUUAAACAUAAAAUUUCACAUUGUACGAAAAAUGGUAAAGGAUCCAAAUGUAUAAAAGGUUGCGUAGAUAAAUGGGUACAACAGAAAAAGGAAGAAUGGAAACAAAUAAAAGAACGUUUCAAUGAACAAUAUAAAAGUAAAACCUCAGAUGAAUAUUUUAACGUUAAAAGUUUUUUGGAGACCUGGAUACCUAAAAUUGCUGUUGUAAAUGAUCAAGAUAAUGUUAUAAAAUUAAGUAAGUUCGGUAAUUCUUGUGGAUGUAGUGCCAGUGCGAUCUCAACAAAUGGUAAUGAGGAGGAUGCUAUAGAUUGUAUGAUUAAAAAGCUUGAAAAAAAAAUUGACGAAUGCAAAAGGAAACCUGGCGAAAAUAGUGGUCAAACAUGUAACGAAACACUAACACAUCCCCUUGACGUUCAGGAUGAAGAUGAACCCCUUGAAGAAACAGAAGAAAACCCAGUGGGAAAACAACACCCAUCAUUUUGUCCGCCAGUGGAAGAUAAAAAAAAAGAGGAAGAAGGAGAAACUUGUACACCGGCAUCACCAGCACCAGCACCAGCACCAGCACCAGCAUCUCCAUCCCCGACACCGGCCCCUGCGGAUGAACCGUUUGACCCAACUAUACUACAAACAACCAUUCCUUUAGGUAUUGCGCUGGCAUUAGGAUCCAUUGCUUUUUUAUUUUUGAAGAAAAAAACUAAACACCCUGUCGACCUUUUCAGUGUUAUUAAUAUCCCCAAAAGUGAUUAUGAUAUACCGACAAAACUUUCACCCAAUAGAUAUAUACCUUAUACUAGUGGUAAAUACAGAGGCAAACGGUACAUUUACCUUGAAGGAGAUAGUGGAACUGAUAGUGGUUACACCGAUCAUUAUAGUGAUAUUACUUCAUCUUCCGAAAGUGAGUAUGAAGAAAUGGAUAUUAAUGAUAUAUAUGUACCUGGUAGUCCUAAAUAUAAAACAUUGAUAGAAGUAGUACUUGAACCUAGUGGUAACAACACAACAGCUAGUGAUACACAAAAUGAUAUACAAAAUGAUGGUAUACCUAGCAAUAAAUUUAGUGAUAAUGAAUGGAAUACAUUGAAAGAUGAUUUUAUAUCUAAUAUGUUACAAAAUCAACCAAAGGAUGUACCAAAUGAUUAUAAAAGUGGAGAUAUUCCAUUCAAUACACAACCGAAUACUUUAUAUUUUGAUAAACCUGAAGAAAAACCUUUUAUUACUUCUAUUCAUGAUAGAAAUUUACUUAACGGAGAAGAAUAUAGUUAUAAUGUUAAUAUGAGUACUAAUAGUAUGGAUGAUCCAAAAUAUGUAUCAAAUAAUGUAUAUUCUGGUAUAGAUUUAAUUAAUGAUUCACUAAGUGGUAACAAACAUAUUGAUAUAUAUGAUGAAGUUUUGAAACGAAAAGAAAAUGAAUUAUUUGGAACAAAUCAUGUGAAACAUACGAGUAUACAUAGUGUUGCAAAAAAUACAAACAGUGAUCCUAUACUCAAUCAAAUAAAUUUGUUCCAUACAUGGUUAGAUAGACAUAGAGAUAUGUGCGAAAAGUGGGAAAAUCAUCACGAACGAUUAGCCAAAUUGAAAGAAGAGUGGGAAAAUGAGACACAUAGUGGUAACACUCACCCUAGUGAUAGUAACAAAACGUUAAAUACUGAUGUUUCUAUACAAAUACAUAUGGAUAAUCCUAAACCUAUAAAUCAAUUUACUAAUAUGGAUACUAUCUUGGAGGAUCUGGACAAACCAUUUAAUGAACCCUACUAUUAUGAUAUGUAUGACGAUGAUAUUUAUUAUGAUGUAAAUGAUCAUGAUACAUCAACUGUGGAUACUAAUGCUAUGGAUGUACCUAGUAAAGUACAAAUUGAAAUGGAUGUAAAUACCAAAUUGGUGAAAGAGAAAUAUCCUAUAGCAGAUGUAUGGGAUAUAUAA